AGCCACCAACCACCAACACCAGCACCACCAUGGCCGUCGCCGCCACUAAAUUAGUAGCAGUGGCUUUCUGCCGUGGAACUAAAAGGACAAAUUUAACCCCGCAAUAACUGACAUGCCUAUCCCAUGCAAAUAAGCCAGUCCCCCAACUCCCACUUUACCUUCUCUCUCUUUCGCUGAGAAAACCAACCCAUUUCUUUCCAAAACCACCCUUGAUCCUGAUCCUGAUCCUGACCCUGAACCUGACCGUGACCGGCUUCUCUCUCUCUCUCCUCAUCUGAUAGUAGAGAGCAGUCCAAUUUUCAACAUCACCAUAAAUUCAAGCAACUGUUGAACGAGACUUGCGCUCUCUUUCAUUCGGGUCCGGCUUCAUGGCUUGAGCUCAGAAGGGAAAACCCAAAAACCAAAACAAGUCCCGAAAAAGGAACAAACAAAACCCAAAAAAAAAAAAAAAAAAAAAAGCAGUCCUACUCCUACUACUAGGGAUUAGUAUAACAACAUCAGCUAUAAAGCCGGCUGGAAUGGCGUCGUCGAAGGUGAUGUCGUCUACAUCACCGGCCAAUCCGGAUCUGCCACGCCACUCCACCUCCACCGCCACCACCUCCUCCACUUGUUCGACUAGCACUACUGGUCUUUUACAACAUUCUUCUGCUGUUUUCCAUCCUCCUCCUCCUCAUCAACAACCCCAAGCCCACCACCAUCUCCUCCAUCACUCUGAUGAUCACUCCUUUGGCUCCAUGAAUAUGGAGGAAAUUCUCAAAAAUAUUUAUUCCGACCCUGACACUCUCGCCUCCGCCGUCGACGGCGACGGCUCUCUUCCCGCCGUCGGAGCUGGGAGAAAUAAUAAUGUCGGGGAAGUUGGGAGUAAGACGGUGGACGAGGUCUGGAAGGAGAUUGUCAGCGGCGGAGGAGCAGCAGCAGGAGGAGGAGGUGGGAGUCAUGAGCCGAGGAUGACAUUGGAGGAUUUUCUGACCAAGGCCGGAGCUGUGAGCGAGGAGGAUGUUAGGGUCCCCGGGGUUUCUUCUCCGGCUCCGCCGCCGGUGCCUGCUCCGGCAGUUGGUGGCGGUGGAGGAGGAGGUUAUGGAAUGGAGGUGAUCAUGAAUGCGGCGGCCUCUGGGGUUCAAUUUCCCCCCGUGGUGCACAUGCAGAAUGCGCCGGGGGGUUUUGGUAUGGAGUCACAACUGGGGUUUGGAAAUAGGAUGGUGCCAGCUGGGGCUGCGGGCCAGAUAAGAGGAGGUGCAGGAGGGACUGGUGGUGGUAGUGGAAGUGGGAGAGGGAAAAGGAGGGCGCCAGCGGUGGAGGACGUGGCGCUUGAUAAGGCUACGCAGCAGAAGCAGAGGAGGAUGAUCAAGAAUAGAGAGUCUGCUGCAAGGUCUAGAGAACGCAAACAGGCUUAUACUGUGGAACUGGAGUCACUAGUGACGCAAUUGGAGGAGGAAAAUGCAAGGCUUUUAAAAGAAGAGGCUGACCAAAAAAAGAAGAGGUUUAAGCAGCUUAUGGAAAACUUGAUUCCAGUUGUGGAGCAGCAAAGACCACCAAGAGUUUUGCGGAGAGUGCAGUCAAUGAGCUGGAUUAGCAAAGAAGAGGCGUUCUGGUGCGGGAGAAAUUGCUUGAUGGGAGCAUUUGCAGAUACAAAGUAGAAAAAGAGCGAUUAGACAUCUAGAAUUUUCUCAUGGGCCCAUAACGAUCAAGCUUGAGAACUAUCCCUUAGUUCUGCAUAGUUAGAUGUUGUAGAGAAAAGGAAACAUUUGCUUAUACAGGAAUUGUAGCUUCUCUUUUUCGUCAUGCCGGUGGCUGGGAAGACUAUGAUCUUUGGACUAAUUUAUACCAAAUAUUUUUUUGUUUUAUAGUUUCAAAUAAGGGCUUUAUUUGUUACAAUCUGUUAGGUAUUUUAUUGAUUUAGAUCGGCUUGAUUACCACGUGUUC